AUGCUGAAGGUUAAGGACACUUGGGGACGAAAUCACAUAGCAAGGGCUAUUUUGGACUCUGGAUCGCAGGUUAAUCUCAUGUCGGAACAUCUAUGUCAAUUGCUCAAGUUGCAGAGAAGCGAUAAAAGGGUAGAGAUCAGUGGAAUAGGACGUUCUCGGAAACAAGUAGCAUACGAAGUGUCCACAGUCAUCAGUUCUCGUAUUCAAGACUUCUCACAGUCGAUGAACUUUUUGGUAAUGGCACAAAUUACUGAUGAUCAGCCUUCUUCGUCUUUACCGUUUACUAAUUGGAAACCUCCAUCGGAAAUGGAGUUGGCAGAUCCCGAAUUCUUCCACUCUGGUCCGAUUGAUAUUGUCCUAGGCUCACAAUUCUUCUAUGAUUUUCACCUUCUUCACGGUGGCCGGCUACAAAUACGAAAAUUCGACGGUACACUACCAGUGUUUGUCAACACCGUAUUUGGAUGGGUAGCAGCAGGUGAAUCGGAAUGUAACGGAAGAGCUUCAAGCGUCAGUUGCCAUCUUGCGAUAAUGGAUUCAUUAGAUAAAAGCAUUGAAAGGUUUUGGAACAUAGAGGAGCUAAUCAAUAAGAAACCAAGGUCACUCGAGGAAGAAGAUUGCGAAGCUCAUUUUCAAGAAACUGUUACACGUGAUGAAGAUGGAAGAUAUGUUGUUCGAUACCCAAAACGUAUUGGCUUCGAAGAGAUGAUUGGUGAAUCGAAGAGUAUUGCAUUGCAACGAUUCCAACAAUUAGAAAGACGAUUAGGACGAGAUGCUGAACUCCAGAAGCAGUACCGUGAAUUCAUGCAAGAGUAUAUCCGUUUAGGACACAUGAAGUUUGCUGGCACAAUUGAGAAUGUGGAAGAUCAUGAGCGCACGGUGUGCUACCUUCCACACCACCCCGUUUUUAAGGAAUCGAGUACCACCACGAAGCUACGUGUGGUUUUCGACGGUUCAGUAAAGACAUCUACUAAUUGUUCGCUCAACGACGCUCUCCUUACAGGACCGGUUAUUCAAGAUGAUCUUCUAGAUUUGAUGGUUCGCUUUCGGAAAUAUCCAAUUGCUCUGGUGGCGGAUGUGGAAAAGAUGUACCGGCAGAUCCGUAUUCAUCCAGAGGACACUUGUCUCCAAUGA